UCUAAUAAACUGAUAAUGUGAGGUCGUAUCCCCACUUAAUGAGGAAAAUAAGCCACAAUAUACGUUCCAAGAAGCAGUGUGGUGUGUGAAGUGACAAGAUGUACAAAUUCCUCUCAAUCCUGGUGCUCCUGGCGUCGUGCCUCGCCCAGGAUGACGGGGGCGACCUGGAGUCCAUUAUCAAGCAGCUUCAGAACCAGAACAACGGACAGAACGGAGCGACGCAAGCGCCGCAGGCAUCGACUUUAGUGCCCAGCAUAGUUAACAAUAACGCUGACGAUGGCGACAAGUCCUGUAUGACAGCAGACAACCAGAACGGCGAGUGUGUUCCGUACUACUUGUGUGGCGCCAACGAUACCAUCAUUAAUGAUGGCGUUGGGAUCAUAGACAUAAGGGUGAAGGAUGGCGAAUGCAAGUCGUACUUAGACACGUGCUGCCUUCCGCCGGACCGCCAGACUCCCGACAACCCCAUCACCCCCGCACCUCCUGCUAAGAACCGAGAGGGCUGCGGCUGGCGCAACCCCGACGGGCUCGGGUUCCGCAUCACCGGCGCCGCCGACGGAGAGGCCAACUUCGGCGAGUUCCCCUGGAUGGUAGCCAUCCUCAAAAUAGAACCAGUAAAUGAGAACGAGCCAAACGGCCAGAAACUCAACGUGUACGUCGGCGGUGGCUCCCUCAUACACCCCAGCGUGGUACUAACAGCGGCCCACUACGUGUCCAAUGGGAACCAGCUGCGAAUCCGCGCUGGCGAGUGGGACACACAGACGAAAAACGAGCUGUAUCCUUACCAAGACCGAGAUGUUAAGGAAGUGGUGGUCCAUAAGGACUUUAACAAAGGCAACCUGUUCUACGACAUCGGCCUCCUCUUCCUGGCGUCCCCCGUCGACGCGGCGCCGAACAUAGGCGUGGCCUGCCUGCCGAGCCCGGGCGUGCGCGCCGUCGGCGGCAAGCGCUGUCUGGCCAGCGGGUGGGGCAAGGACCACUUCGGGAAGGAGGGCCGGUACCAGGUCAUACUUAAACGGGUGGAAGUCCCUGUAGUAGAUCGCGCGCGCUGCCAGCAGGAGCUGCGCAAGACCCGCCUCGGCAAAUACUUCGAGCUGCACAGCUCCUUCAUGUGCGCGGGCGGCGAAGCCGGCGCCGACACGUGCAAGGGAGACGGCGGGUCGCCCCUCGUCUGUCCCUCUGAGUACGAGAAGGACCGGUACAUCCAGCAUGGCAUCGUGGCGUGGGGCAUCGGCUGCGGCGACCAGACGCCCGCCGUGUACGUCGACGUCGGACACCUGCGGUCCUGGGUCGACGACAAGGUCCGCGGGCACGGAUACGACGAGAAAGUUUACACUUACCUCGACUAGAUACUAUAGGACCGUGCGCGUUGGAGGGCCUGCCAUCUUGUGGCCUCAAUCGGAAACAUAUGUGCACAUGUCCAUUGCCAAAGCAAGUACUACCAUCUACCGUUCUCAUCGGUACGUUUCCUUGUGCAUAGUAGAUUCUGCCAUCCUGUGGGCUACAUCGGAAGCAUAAACGACACAUGUACGCCUCGCGCCAAUAAUCUGAUGGCUCCUAUGCCGCCUCCUAUAUAGUUCAUGCUAGGGGCCUAUGCACUCACCGCCGCCUAUCGACUACAGUGGCAAAUGCAAGACCAAUGGAAUGGCAGACAAAAUUUCGUGCUUUGAAGCUUCGAUGUUCGCGGUUGGCCCUAAAACUAGACCCAAUGAAAUUCAUGACUUCGAUAGGUCUCAGAAACAUAAAUACUUGUAUUACUUGAACAGUAAAAGUGGUAAAAAAUACUCGAUCGUGCAAUAAAUACAAUGGCAGUUUUAUUCUGUUAUAAUUUAAGCCGGUACCUAAUAAAUAUUUUUCAAUUUUA